CAGCGGGGGGGAGGAGGAGGAGGAGGAGGGCAGCACCAUGACUCAUUUGCAGGCAGGUCUGUCCCCUGAGACUCUGGAGAAAGCCCGGCUGGAGCUGAACGAGAACCCCGACACCUUGCACCAGGACAUCCAGGAGGUGCGGGACAUGGUGAUUACCCGCCCGGACAUCGGCUUCCUCCGCACCGACGAUGCCUUCAUCCUGCGUUUCCUGCGGGCCAGGAAGUUUCAGCACUUCGAGGCGUUUCGCCUCCUGGCCCAGUACUUUGAGUAUCGCCAGCAGAACCUGGACAUGUUCAAGAGCUUCAAGGCCACAGACCCCGGCAUCAAGCAGGCGCUGAAGGAUGGCUUCCCCGGGGGACUGGCCAACCUGGACCACUACGGCAGGAAGAUCCUCGUCCUUUUUGCUGCCAACUGGGACCAGAGCAGGUACACACUGGUGGAUAUUUUGCGUGCCAUACUUCUUUCUCUGGAAGCCAUGAUAGAAGAUCCUGAGCUUCAGGUGAAUGGAUUUGUUUUAAUCAUAGACUGGAGCAACUUCACCUUCAAGCAGGCCUCUAAGCUGACACCAAGCAUGCUUAGAUUAGCCAUAGAGGGCCUUCAGGACAGUUUUCCUGCUCGGUUUGGAGGAAUACAUUUCGUCAAUCAGCCGUGGUAUAUCCAUGCCCUCUACACAGUUAUACGGCCCUUCUUAAAGGAGAAGACACGGAAAAGGAUAUUCCUGCAUGGAAAUAACCUCAACAGUCUGCAUCAGCUAAUACAUCCUGAGAUCCUACCCUCUGAAUUUGGAGGAAUGUUGCCCCCCUACGAUAUGGGGACUUGGGCAAGAACACUGCUAGACCACGAGUAUGAUGAUGACAGUGAAUGCAAUGUCGACUCCUACAAUGCUCCUGCAAAAGAUCUAGACAAGGACCUUUCUCCCAAAUCCAUGAAAAGGUCUCAAUCAGUUGUGGAUCCUGGGGUGCUAAAACGCAUGGAUAAGAAUGAGGAAGAAAACAUGCAGCCUUUGCUUUCACUUGACUAACAGUUCCUGAGCAUCGAAGAUGAACUGAAGUGGAAGGCACUGCCUCUUACCAGCAAGAAACUAUUGGGAAAGAAUGUACCAGCUGGAAUCCUAUUUAUUCAUGUUAAUGUAGCAUAAUGGAAGCAGGCAGCAGGUUUCACCAUUCUACCUGAAUUCUGGAUGCCCUGGGGUAAAAAAAGAAGAGGAAAGAAAAAGGAAAAUAAA